CAAAUUAAUCCAAGAUGGCGCUGAAAGAGGCAGUCUCAGCUAAAAUCCUCACGGAUGUCAUCCGUGCAUGUAAAAAGAAGGAAGACUGGAAGGUGUUGGUGGUGGACCAGCUGAGUAUGCGGAUGGUUUCAUCAUGCUGUAAGAUGCAUGAAAUUAUGUCUGAGGGAAUCACGCUGGUCGAGGACAUCCAAAAACGACGAGAACCACUGCCUUUAUUAGAAUGCAUCUAUUUGUUAUCGCCAACAGAGAAGUCUGUUCGAGCACUGAUGGGCGACUUCACUGGCAUGACGAGGAUGUACAGAGCAGCACACAUCUUCUUCACUGAAGCUUGCCCAGAUGAGUUGUUCAAUGAGUUGUGUAAGUCACAGGUAUCAAGAUACAUCAAGACCCUCAAGGAGAUUAACAUUGCAUUCCUACCAUAUGAAAGUCAGGUUUUUUCCCUUGACUCAAUCGAUACGUUCCAAUUUUACUACAACCACCAACGGCAACCUGGUCGUCUGCAGCACCUGGAGAGAAUUGCUGAGCAGAUUGCAACACUCUGUGCCACUCUUGGAGAGUACCCAUCCAUCAGAUAUAGAGCGGCUUUCAACCAGAACUUUGAGUUUGCACAACUUGUGCAGCAGAAGCUUGAUGCAUACAAGGCUGAUGAUGCAACUAUGGGUGAGGGCCACCAGAAAGAUCGUUCCCAGCUUGUCAUCCUGGAUCGUGGCUAUGACCCUGUCUCCCCUCUCCUCCAUGAGCUGACAUUCCAAGCCAUGGCCUAUGACCUACUGCCCAUUGAUAAUGACGUUUACCGAUAUGAGAACACACAAGGAGGCGCUGAAGUACAAGACAAAGAAGUUCUGCUGGAUGAGAAUGAUGACUUGUGGGAGGACUUGCGGCACCAGCACAUUGCAAUUGUGUCACAAAACGUGACCAAGAAACUCAAAAAGUUUGCUAUGGAGAAGCGUAUGGGUGGCACAGACAAGACAUCGAUGCGAGACCUUUCUCAAAUGCUGAAGAAGAUGCCUCAGUAUCAGAAAGAGCUAAGUCGCUACUCAACGCACUUCCAUCUUGCUGAGGACUGUAUGAAACAGUACCAGGGACACGUGGAUAAGCUGUGUCGUGUUGAGCAGGAUUUGGCGAUGGGUACGGAUGCCGAUGGUGAGAAGAUCAAAGACCACAUGAGGAAUAUUGUACCAAUCCUCCUGGAUGCCAGUGUAUCUGCUUACGAUAAGAUCCGGAUUAUACUACUCUACAUCAUUCACAAAGGAGGCAUCACUGAAGAGAAUCUUGCCAAGCUAAUCCAGCAUGCCCAGAUCCCAGAUGACGUUCAGCCAAUCAUCACGGCCAUGCAAAACCUUGGAGUGCCCAUCAUUCAGGAUGUAAGUAGAUCGGUGAAAGGAGUGCCCCUUAAUCUUGAAAGUAUGGACACAGACUUGUUUCAAGUUCCCGGCAUGACAGGUGUAGUAUAUGAGUACACCUGUCCUGAUAAGCAAACGGGCGGGCGGCGUCGGGCUCAGCAGCCGUACCAGGUUCAGCAUAGAAAGGAGCGUGUCCUUGAGCAUGCCUAUCAGAUGUCCAGGUGGACACCUUACGUAAAGGAUAUCAUUGAGGAUGCUGUUGAUGAGAAGCUCGAUGCAAAACAGUUCCCAUUCCUACCAGGAGGCACCAGGCCCAUGAUCAGACCAGCACCAGCAUUCAGUGCACGUUAUGGUCAUUGGCACAAGGACAAGAGCCAGGGCGCCAACUACAAGGCUGGGCCGAGGUUGAUUGUGUUCAUUGUGGGUGGUGUGUCCUACUCGGAGAUGAGGUGUGCAUACGAGGUCACGCAGUCAGUCAAGAACUGGGAAGUACUGAUUGGUUCAUCAACCGUUCUUACCCCAGAAUCGCUACUCUCACAGCUACGUGAUCUAAACUCGUUGUAAACGGAUGCCGGACUGAGGUCAUGUUGGAGAACGAAUCGUGCAAUAUACGCCCGAGCUUGACAGGAAUGAUGCCUAUUGUCGCUCAUUAAACUGCACCAAACCUGAAGUCAGGUUCCAGUUAGAAACAGAGUUACAUACAUUUUAGACACGGGAGAGCAUUUGACGUUGGGCUUUUGUUAAUGGGCCACACGGCAUCAUUAAAAACCCUUGGGCAUCAACAGAUCUAUGUCACAUAUAUGGCAUGGGUUUUUACAACAGAUUUUGCCUUCUUUAAGUUAUUAACCACAGUGCAGAUGUCCUGAGUUCCGUGGGAUUUUUAUGUCCAUAAAUGCAUUUGUUCUUGUGUAUCCCAAGUAGUGUUUGUGCUUUCAUGACUUGCUGUCGUAAAAGGACCAAAAAACAGGUCUUGUGACUUUUGCACUGACUGUAAAUCAGUGUUUCAGCUUAGCUUAUGAAAAGGUUUUAUCUUUAGCACUGGAGCUUCGGGUAUUGCAUACUUUUGCAGCAUCAAUCAGACACCUUUUCAAUACCCAUCUGUGUGACAGCCAGUUGAUUUAAAUGCUUUUGUUUAUUUGUUAUAUUUGACCAUAUAGUAUAUAGUGAGUGUUUUAUGAGACAUGCUCUAUGAUAGACUGCAAAGAUUGAAUGAAAUGUAAGUUCUGUAGUAAGUUAAGGUAAUAGGUUAGUUUCUUGUGCCAAAUACUCCAGUUAUAUGAUUAUAAUGAAUAACAUGUAUGAUAUUAUGUUCGGUCAGAUAGUUGAAGGUAAUGUAAUGUAGUGUCACAAUUAUCAUUGCAUUGACUUUUGCAAAACCAAGUUUGUCCAACUGGUGCAUGGUGACACUGUCUUAGUUUCACGUAACAUAUCUCUUACAUAUUCAUUAGUAAUCCACCAGUAAUAAUGUGGAACAGUUUCAUUGUUUAGGUGUGCUUCAAGAUUUUCUUCAUGUUUUCUCAAACUUGGUCAAAUGCCAGUCAAGGCUCUCCUUGUCCUUUGACAAUAUUAUUAUGCAAUUCAAUGUUGUGAUUACUACGAAGUACUUUCACUCUUGAGGCAAGUUCAUCCAUUUAAGUUUUAUUGUCAUAUGGGGUGACUUUGAGCAAUAGGGUAACUUUGAACACCCCCUCCCCCCCUGAAAGCAAUGAUGUGAUGAGAAACAUCAGCCUGGUGUUUAAAGUUACCCUGUUGUUCAAAGUCACCCAUGUGACUGUGAUAUGAUUUACAAAUGCAAGCAUUAGCUCUGCCAAGCAUUAUCUUCUUUUGUAAAAAUAACGCGAGGACUUAACGCCAAUGAUAAGUUAAUUUGGAGCAUGUUACCUCAAGUGUGAAAGGAUUGAACUUUUAACAAUUCAAUGUUGUGAUUACUACGAAGUACUUUCACUCUUGAGGCAAGUUCAUCCAUUUAAGUUUUAUUGUCAUAUGGGGUGACUUUGAGCAAUAGGGUAACUUUGAACACCCCCUCCCCCCCUGAAAGCAAUGAUGUGAUGAGAAACACCAAGCAUUAUCUUCUUUUGUAAAAAUAACGCGAGGACUUAACGCCAAUGAUAAGUUAAUUUGGAGCACGUUACCUCAAGUGUGAAAGGAUUGAACUUUUAACAAUUGUUGUGAUAUGAUUUGCAUAUUGUAUUUUGUGUGAUGCACAUUGCACAUUGUUAAAUAUCGUUGGAGGUUAAUCAUAACUCAGAGAAUUAGCAGUCUAUUCUUGCUCUACUUCAUGCAUUUUAGAACAUAAGAGAUUAGUUUGGAAAUAUUGAGAGGUCAUUAUUAUGAUCAUAUGAUGAUUGCUGAUCAGAUUCAAGCAAAUUUAGUUUAGGCUGUGUACUUAAAAUACUGUAAGUUUGAGAACAGGGUGUCAUUUCUUGUCCAGAGCGAGGUGAUAAUAGGACCAGGUAUGUGAAUAUCAAACUAAAAAUGAGUAGUUCCUUAAUGAAAAUGAUUUAUUCUAGUCAUAGCCCACAUGUGCUGUCUCAAAACUAUCAGGCAUGACUGAUCUAUAGUUUGCUCCAAGAUGUUGAGAAAUGUUGCAUAUCAGUCUCAUUUCUUUUGGAUUUCAUUAAACCUACAGUACCUCACAUGGUCAAUAGCAAGAUACAACAAUAGUUCAGCAGACAGUCUAAGUUUUAUCGUGAUUAGUGAUGAAACAUUGCAUGAACGAAUGUCUGUGUAUCAUCAUUUUCUGUCUCCGAGUACAAUACUGAAAAGAGAGAGGGUCUGGUUAUGGAAGAGUCAUGAUUCACCGGAGAUUGUUAAGUCACUCAAUUUGAAAAUUGUAUAUUGUAUGUAGGAAGCACUUUUUCCCUUCUACAAAAUAUCAAAACGCUUUGACUGUAUAUAAAAAUUGAUGUCAGUGUUGUGUAAGGAGAACUCUUGAAAAAGAUUUCUCACUGCACCUGUAUCUUCAUGUACAAGACAUUAUGUCCCACCAUAGGCUACAGACACACAUAUUGUGGUUACUUUGCUGUGAUGCAAUGAUAGUUAGGGGCAGACAUGGUAGGCCUGGCAUCGAGGCUUUAUCAUGUAUCCUAAGUCUAUUCCAACUUUGCUAUUAACCUAAUUACCUACAUCUACCUGUACAAAUGAAGACAAUCCAUACUGAACAUACAAAAAUUUAAGAAAUCUGAAUAUGAAUCUGAAUAUGAAAAGAAUUAUUCCAGUGAAACUAGGCCUAUCACGUCUGCCCAGGUUUCAUCAUAUUUUGUACAUUUUCAAUAUGUAAUUGAACUACGCUGUAAAUUUUCCUCUUGUAAAUGUUAGUUGUAAUUAAUGUAUAUUGCGUUAUCAGAAAUAAACUCACGUGCAUAUCGCUGUUGAAAAA